UCCAUAACUCGACCAGGACGGUCCCACAGCAUCAAAUUACUAUUGGGCUGUGUCUGGAUCGUAAGCGACUUCAAGUGUCUCCAACCAGGGAGCAGCAAUCGAAUUUGUUUUGAAUAAAGUCAGUCUAACUUAGAACCUCAAAGAGUUGGGACAUAAAUUAAUAUCACGUCCCGACUUCAUCGUAGAUUCCGUACAUGGCGACCGUGACAGGACUAGAUAGAUAACAUAGAUGACAUAAUGGGAAAACCGCAAUCAAAAGCGCAGUCGACUGGCGACCCACAAAUCGCCAUAAUAAACGUGCUGGAACAACACUCAAUAUAUCACGAGCAGCAAACGUUGCUGCUGUGGGUAUUGCUCGGAAUUGUAGCCGUGCUAAUUUUACUCGCGGUGUGCCGAAAAUGGAUUAGGUGGCACCGGGCGGAGGCUUUAAGGGCUGCCCGGUCAGUAAUGAACAUGAAUGCGUGAAGCAGAAGAAUGAACAUGAAUGUGUGAAGCAGAAGGAAAAAUAUAAAGGAAAACAAUGUCCAAAAGUGUCAUCGAAAAAAAAAACAAAACAAAAAUAACUAUAUGAAUAUAAACGGAAAAACCGACGAAAAACGAACAUAAAUGGUCGAAAAGUAGAAAAACACUUCAAACGCGAGUGCAAAGGCAGUGGAGAGAAAGUCGUCUUGUGUGCAAAAGUAUGCAGAAAAUCGCCUAAUGCCAUUUCGGACUGUUCAAAUCCCGGUGUCAGAAGCUGCUGUUCAUCGCCCCGAGUGCGGCCCGAAUGUGAUCAGUGCAGAUUUUGGUUCCACCGCCCCGAGUGCGGACUGAACGUGAUCGGUGUGAAUUUUGAUUGGAGCUUCCAGACCUUCCGGUGGUAGAUGCCGCUGUCCACCGCCCCGAUACCACCGCCCCGAGUGCGGACUGAACGUGAUCGGUGUGAAUUUUGAUUGGAGCUUCCAGACCUCCCGGUGGUAGAUGCCGCUGUCCACCGCCCCGAUACCACCGCCCCGAGUGCGGCCUGAACGUGGUCGGUGUGGAUUUCGAUUCGGGAUUAACGUGCGCGUAGGCUGAAGUUUCGGACUUCCCCCCCACCCCUGAUGAGGGCACAAAGAGCAUCUGACGCAACAACCAUCUGGAGUAAUAAGAUAAGUUCCCUAGUAAUUUUUUUUUGUUACUAAACAUAGGCUAAGUCCAAAUUCUGCAUCGUUUUAGUCAUAGACAAGAUCUAAUUUAGAUCUAUUUUUGUGUUUCUGCAACGUUUUCCUGACAAGUUUUUUUUAAUAAUGAAGUUAAAUGGAUUAUACAUCCAUAAUUCAGGAAAAUAUUGGAAAAUUAAAUAGACUAUUAUUAACAGUUACAAAGAAUCCAUAUAGGAAAUUUUUAAUAAAAACAUUAGUUAAUAAACAAAUAGUCGCUAAAAAAAUAUACGAAGAAACUAAUGAACUACUCGUUGAAUAUGAAACAAAAAUCCCAUUAAGGGACUUAGAAUUUUAUAUAAAAGCAUUGAGGAGUGGAAUCACUCAAAUAAAUGAAACUAUACUAAAAAAGUUAGCAGAGCAAAAACAUCUCCUAACGCUAAAAAGUGUUGCGCUAGCAAUCAUUUUUAUUUUUCGGUCAAGAAAAAGUCUAAUCAAAAAUAUAAUAAUGGCAGCGCCCAAAUUCGAUAUUAAAUUGGGAACAAACCUUGUUCAGGUGUUUGACGGUAAUCCGGAAACCCUGGAAACAUUUAUCGCCUCGGCAGAUCUGUUCGAGGAUUUUAUAAAUGCUGAAUUUCAAACAGCAACAGACCCUCAAAAAGCGGCGGCACAGGUAACUCUAGUAAAAAUUUUUAAAACUAGGUUGUCUGGUGACGCUAGAGAUGCAGCAAGCUCAAAAGCUACAAAAGAUGAAAUCGUAGCGGUACUAAGAGAACAAUGUUCAUCCACUACGACAUCGGACAAUAUUACCGCCAAAUUGAAAACCCUCAAACAAAAGGAUUCCGCAGAAACUUUUUGUAAAGAGGUUGAGAAAAUGGCCAACCAACUUAAGAUACUUUACAUUAAGGAGCAGAUUCCAGCCGAAAAGGCUAGUGAAAUGGCUACUAAAAGGGGAGUUGAAGCUCUAAUUGAAGGAAUAAAAAAUGCUGAGACGAAGACCAUCUUGAAGGCGGGAACUUUCGUUAAAUUGAACGAUGCCUGCCAAAAGGUGAUCGAGAACAGCAACACGACCAACUCGAGCGUCAAUGCCCAAGUUUUUGCGGCUAGAAAUCAGCAGCAAGGACGUGGUUCACGAGGUACUAAUACUCGUGGUAAUUUACCACGAAAUAACUAUUACGGAAGAAAAAACAAAUACAAAUUUAACCAACAUCACCAGGAAGGACAACGCGGUAACUGGAGACAACCCUCCAGAUUCCACAGAGGAAACUAAGAGGAAACAACGCAAGAGUGUUCUUUAACUCAGGAAACACUCACGUUGAUCCUUCAACCUAUGUCGGUCAAGAACAACAACAACAGCAGGAAAACCCACAGAGAAACUUGGGGUUUCAACUCGGAAAUCAGAGACCUCAACAACUGGAUCAGACACAGAACCAGGUGGCGUUAGCUCAGCUGAUGCCCCGGUGGUAAACAAAUUUUUUUCUGUUAGCACCGCUUAUAGUAAUUUUGUUACACUAAAUAUAGAUGCUUCAGAUAAACAUCUUACUUUCCUUAUCGACUCAGGAGCUGAAAUAUCGCUCAUCGCUCAUAUCACUGAACCACGGCGCGAUAUUGUUCUCACAUUUUUUUUGAGCUUCAACGACCGAUUGUUAUUCACGCACUUUUAAAAAUACUUGUUCUGUUUCGCGGCUUUGUCAAAAACCGAUCACCGUCCACUCGUAUAUUUAUUCUCUAUGACAAAUCCGUCAUCAAAAUUGACAAGGAUGAGAAUAGAACUAGAAGAGUACAGAUUCUUUAUCGAAUACGUGAAAGGGAAAGAAAAUGUCAGCGCUGACGCUCUCUCACGUAUUUGUAUUGAUUCAGAGGAUCUAAAAAACCUCACUUGUUUGCCAGUCCAAACAAGGAAUAUGAUAAGACAACAAAUGGAAACACAACUGAGUCACAAAACAGACACUAAUCCAUAUGUAACAGAGAUUGAUCAACUCAAAGCAUAUGAAUCAAUUAAUAACUUAGAUGCAUUUAAUAUGCCUAAAGUUAUUUUUGAUUUUGAUUCGGAAAAUGUGUGUAUACAGCUACUGACAAGAAACUUGAAAAGAAUAAUUGCACAAGAGCAAAUAUUCUACAAAGAAGAAUGUUCAAACUUGCAAAAAUGUCUGCAGACGUUGGAAAAUAUGGCCACAAGAAUGAAAAUAAAAAAAGUUAGCAAUGAAAAGUGAUGAUAAACUAUUCACAAUAAUUCCUCAAGAAAAAUUCAAACAAGAAUGUAAUAAAAUAUUAAAAAUGCUAACAAUUAUAAUUUCUGUGCCGGCACAAAUUAUAAAAGAUGAGGAAAAAAUACAUAAUAUAAUCUCUGAAAACCAUGAUGAGCCUACGGGUGGUCACAUUGGUACGAGAAGAUUACUAAAAAGAAUAAGGUCAAAAUAUUAUUGGAAAAACAUGAAAAAGAGCAUAGAACUUUACACAAAGCAAUGUAUUAAAUGUCAACAAAGUAAACAAAAAAGGAAAACAAACGAAACUUAUACACAAACAACAACCCCUGCAAAAUGCUUCGAUUUGGUGUCAAUAGACACAAUUGGUCCAUUAUAA